GGGCCUGAAUUAUCAAAGUCAACGGACUUCAAAUGCGUAUUUUACGCAUGACGCACGGUUCAGCAGUCCGCUUCAUGGACUAGGGUUGCUUCUCCUUUAAAAUGUCACCUGUCUGCUGCGUUGGACUUUGAGACCUAAGUCGAUAGCAGACACACAUGAGCAGCAGCAGUGCGUUGUUUCAUCACAGAUCAAAAGCCAACGGGAGACACUCCUUCCCUUUCAAUUAUCUCAUUUCCUUUGGCGGCAGCGGAGAGGACGCUGGCCCUUGGCAUGCCUCGUUUCACAGCCGGUCACCGUGUUUAGCGGGGAAUAUUUCUACCUGGACAUUCUUUCUCUUUCUUUCUUUUUUAAGUUGUUCAAACAACACGUUGUGUACAAUGAGGCCGCCGGUGGAACUCUCCGUGUUUCUCCUUUCUCUCUUGGCUCCUGGAGUCUUAUACGCGAUGAACAACACCCCUGCACUUCAGGAGUAAGUGUGUUUGUGCGGCGUUGCACAAGAAAGCCGCUGAUAUUUACAGGCUGGAGAAGCGGCCCAGUACCUGAGACCUCUACCCAUCCUGGGGAUGGGAAUGGUCGUCCUGGGAUCUGUUCUCCUUCUCCUCCUCCUCACUGUGCGGCACAAGAUGAAAGUGGACCCUUUAUUCUAUGUGUUUGCAGAGUUCUCCUUCACCUGCAUGGUGGGCCUGACCAAUGCUUUAGAGCAGGAUGGCUUCAUCUCUGGCUUCAUGGGCUUCUAUCUAAAGAAGGGUGAGCCUCAUCUGAGCACCGCCUAUGCUGUGAUGAUGUCUUACUGGGAAGGAGUCUUUCACUUAGUCCUCUUCCAAUAUAUCAUCCACUGCAUGUUCAAAGGGAAGUCCUAUCGAAGCCUGGGCCUUCUGUGGGCGGGCUCCUCCAUCGCCCACCAAAUUGUUCUCAUCCCGGGAGUGGUCAUUGGUAAAUAUGGGUCUAACAUUCGGCCAGUCUUCUGGAGGAACGUCCCGUUCUUCCUGUUGCCUUUCUGGGUGGCCUCCGUGCUCUUCAGCAGACACAGAGAAAUGCCAGUUGUCACAGCAGACAAGAUCGUAGCGGAGCAGAAGAAAGGUCUACUGUCCCGGCCGGUCGACCUGCUGCUGUCCCUGCUGUUAAUGGGAUCGAUGGCCUUCUCUGUUUUCAGAGGCUUUGUGGUGCUGGACUGUCCUCUGGACGUCUGUUUCACCUACAUCUAUCAGUAUGAGCCGUACCUCAAGGACCCAGUUGGCUUCCCCAGGGUUAUGAUGCUGGUGUAUUUAUUCUAUGCUCUGCCCCUGCUGACCGUCCUCAUCUAUGGUCUGAAAACCCCCGGAUGCAGCUGGAUGUUAGACUGGACCAUCUUCUUUGCUGGAGCCAUGGCUCAGACCCAGUGGUGCCAUAUCGGUGCAUCUCUGCACUCCCGCACUCCCUUCACGUACCGAGUCCCGGCAGACAAAUGGUGGCCUGUUAUCACCCCCAAUGUGCUGCUCGCUGCUGUGCCGGCUCUGCUGGCCCUGCGCUGCCACACCAACCCCGCCUUUUUUAUGAAACCUGUUCCCAAGGGACAGACCGACAACGAGAAGAAGAAAAAGUAAACCAUACUCCAGCCACGAGGACUGUCGAGGAAUACCUCACGCUAUGACUACUGAAGACUACUGUUUUCUGGGGACUCUCUAUUGGGCACAAACUGCUUUAAAUACACAAUUUUUUCAACCUUAAAACCCAGAGAAAAUCUAAAAACAUCAGUCACCUCGUGUAGCACUCCCUGCAUGGACUAUUGGACCCUGAUAAGGAGGCGGUUGAUGAAGUGGGGGGCUGUGAUCAUCUCGCACAGCUUUCAGGUGAUUCAUGCAGAUUCCCAAGAUGUUAUCUUCCCAAACUGAGACUGUUAACCUGAAUAUACAGGUCGGCCACACACAGCAGGAGAGUGAAAGUCUUAUUAUACAUCUUUCUAUGCAGAAGUCCACACCAAAACUCCUCGGCUCUGCUGAAACUGCAAUUGAUUGUAUUGCAGUUGGGUGUUUACUCAUCUAAAAAUUGUCAGGGCCAGUGAGAAUACCACUGCUUUCACCCGAUCAAAAACCUGUGGGUAUUAUAACUUCAUAAAAUUCAAUGAACGCUUGGAUAACUAAGAUAAACAAGAGAACACACUAGAGAAGCUGACAUGUUUUUGAUAAAUGACUCUGAGAAAAAGCUCUUUCCAUCAACUCGUCAAUUAAUCAACUAAUAAUUUUACUUCGGGUUAUCUCAGUGUCUCAUUUUCCACUUUAUUUUGUACAAUAAAAACAAAUGGUGCAGUAUC